AUGUCGCGUGGUAGAGGGGCAGAAAGAUAUAGCCGCCCAGAAAAUAUUAAUUCGUUAAAUAGAGAACAACCAUUACUGCAAAAGCAAUCCGAACAACUCUCAUUACUAAAAGAUAAGUAUUCUUCUCUUCGUGAAAAGUAUCAUAAUGAUAAAAGAGCUGCUCAAGUUGAAAUAAUCAAUCUUCAGAAGAAGAUCAACUCAGUACAAAGGAGAUCUCAACAACUUAAAGAUCAAAUUAAUGAAUUAAAUGGCUCGUAUCAAAACAUGGCCAGAGAAGAGAUGGCAGGAAAGGUUAUUGAAGAUAUAUGGGCCGUGCUGAGCGAAUUUAGAGAUCAAAUUCGUGAGAGAGAUUUUACAAAUCAAGUUGAUAAUUUAUCAACAAUUGGAGCACUUCCUCCCACACCAACAAUUCUUCAAGAAUCACCACAAACUCCAAUUGUGGAGCCAUCGUCUGAAUAUGUCGAAAAGAAAACUCCAAAAAGAUCAAGAAGGUCAUCUGCAGUCGAUACACCAGUUGAUUCCAUUGCAUCAAGGAGAACAAGAAGAGGAAAGGAAGUUUAUUACAAAGAACCUACCCUUAAAGAAGCUUUGUCUCCAAAUUCUCCAUAUGCUUUCUCUCUUGGGGAAGAAAGAUCCACACCAAGCCUUCCAAGUGGGUAUUCACGCGAUACUCCAAGCAAGAGAAAGUUCAAAUACUAA